GGCGCUGGUAAGCUCGGCGCACCCUCCGCCCGCCUCUCUCAGGGUCGCGCGCUCCGCCCUGUAGGGGAAAAGUCUCCUUUGCCCCUCCCCCUUGCAGACGCAGAGCUGAGCCAACAACUGCUGGACAAAGAGCGACGCGUGGAGCCAGAGUCAUGGCGGCCCCCGAGCAAAGCUUGGCUCCAGCCGGAAGCCCCGCGCCAUCCUCGGGGAAGGAAGGAGCCGGCCCGAGCUCAGGCACGGAGGGUGACCCUGCGGGCUCCUCCUCGACUCCUGAAGCCCCACCAUCUAUUCCCGACUCCUCCAAUCCCAGCGCCGCGGUCCCCGAAGCGAAUGUUACGCCUCCUGCGGCGGCCUCCGCCGCCCUAGACCUGCCUGUCGGACCCGCACCCCAGGGCCCUGCGCCGCUUGCCGAAGCCUCUCCGCGCUCCCCUCCAGGUCCUGGCGGCUCCCGGCCCGGCCCAGAGACUUUCCGCCAGCGAUUCCGGCAGUUCCGCUACCAAGACGCUGCAGGCCCACGGGAGGCGUUCCGACAGCUUCGGGAGCUCUCGCGCCAGUGGCUGCGGCCCGACAUCCGCACAAAGGAGCAGAUCGUGGAGAUGCUAGUGCAGGAGCAGCUUCUCGCCAUCCUGCCCGAGGCGGCGCGAGCCCGGCGGCUUCGCCGCCGCACCGACGUGCGCAUCACCGGCUGAGCGGCGGAGCUGCGGGCGACCCGAGUCAGGCACUCUCUGGACUGGAGCCAUGAUCGAGUCCGGGACCGUGAGCUUGGCUCCCCAAUACGCGAUAAUGAAAAAUGAGUUUUGGCAGUUCUUGCAAUCUCACGCGUCCUUUCCCGUGUUUAUUUUCCCGAACCUAUUUCCACCCGUUCUGGCUAGUUGUGAAACCAAGUUGGGGGCCCAUGAGAAUAAAGCCUUUGUUUCUUAUUCA